AUGUCCUCGCUGCGACGACCGAGGCCUGUUGUCCCUCGUAUUGACCUCGCCGGCGUCGACAUUGUGCAAGCACCGCGUCGCGACACAAUUCCCCCGCCCGCGAGGCUUCGCACGACGUUAAUGUCACGACGACGUUCCACUUUGUUUCUUUCUUUUGCACUUUUCUGUAUUUUAUCUAUUUUUACCACCAUUCACGGUUUCAAUUUGGAUGUCUAUGCUCCGAUUUACAAGUACGGUCAGGAGAACACCUAUUUUGGAUUCACGGUGGCCGAGCAUUUCAAGGUCGACGAACCUGUGGUACUAGUGGGUGCCCCGCGAGCUGAAUCUGGUCAAGUGGGAACAAUUCAAGCAGGAGCGCUUUUUGCGUGUCCCAUAAAUACACGAUACACUGGGAACGGUUCCGAAUGGUGUGAGCAAGUUCGUUCAGAGUACGAAGAUGUGUCGUCUUAUGCGAAAUCUCCUGAUUUGACCCUUACGGGGCGUGAAGCCCAUUACCUCGGCAAAAAUAGAGAGCUUCUCGGCGCAUCCCUUGCUUCGCAAGGCACUCUAAGAGGAGGAGCAGUGGUAUGUGCACCUCUCAUGCGUUUUCACAAUACUAGUGCGUAUACUCAAGGUGCUUGCUACGAGCUAAAUUCGGACCUCUCGUUGGGUGGAACUUAUACAACGUGUUUACAAAAAAAUCUCCCUAAACUGGAUCGUCAUAAUGAAUAUGGAGCUUGCAUGGAAGGAUUUUCUGCAGCGUUUUCUGGAAACACAAUGGUGACGGGAUUGAUUGGUGCUAUGAAAUGGACUGGAGGUGUUUACGCGCGAAUGACUGAAGGAGGUAUCUUUGGAACGACGACAGAAAAAUACACCAUGGCGCCAGAAGAAGGUGGAGUGAGAACUAUGCUAGCUGCCCACGAUUAUCUCGGUUAUUCGGUUGAUGUUGGGCGAUUUGGAUUCUGGUACGAAAAAGGAGAAAAGACUACUAUAGUGUCUGGGGCUACUCGCUUUGGUCAGCACGGAGCAGUGAUUUUCUUGCCCUUUACUAAGGAUCGUGGGGACUUGCUCACAUUUACCGAGGACCGUUUUCUCAUUAAUGGCACGAUGAUGGGAUCUGCAUUCGGCUAUGCUGUUGAAGUUAUAGACCUGAACAACGACGGUUUCGAUGAUCUUGUUGUUGGUGCACCUUUCGAACAUCGCUCUGAUUCCGAAGGACGCUUCGGCGGAGUAGUCUACGUUUAUUAUUCUCAGGGAUUUGAACGGAAUAAGUUUGAAUCACAUAAAGUGUUCUAUCCUCCUGUUAUUUUGAAAGUACCUGGACCUUUCUCGCAAUUUGGCCUUUCAAUAAGCAAGUUGGGGAACGUGGAUGGCGAUAAAAAUGGCUUUAAUGACUUCGCUGUUGGUGCUCCUUUCGCCAAUGAAGGGGUAGGGGCAGUUUACAUAUUUCUUGGUGGCAAAUCAAGAAAUGAUUUACGGAAAACUCCUUCACAGGUCAUUGCUGGCUCGGAUUUGCCGAAUCUUCGCCGUCCGAUCAAAGCAUUCGGAUUUUCGUUGUCGGGCGGGUCAGAUCUGGACGGCAAUGGUUACCCAGAUCUUGCAGUAGGCGCAGUAACAGGCGGAGUGGUAACAAUUCUUCGCUCUCGCCCUGUGAUAAGCAUAACUGCACUUCACAAAACAAACAGCAAGUUCAUCGAUAUUGAAAAGGGGAAGAAUUGUCCUCAGGCCGCUAAGACUUGCUUUCCUCUUUAUUUGGAGAUAUCCGUCCAACAAGAUUCACUGAGAGGAGCCGACCUUGUCGACUUCAAUUCCAAUGUAUUCACAUGCAAUUUAGAGGUAAUUCCUAUCAAUCAAGGUGUGCCCUUACGCGCUCAAAUAGAUGCUUCUCUAUCAACGAAUCAUAGUUGGCCUUGCGGUCAGGGUGCUCACCGCAAACCUCAGAUAUAUACAAAAGUCAUCUACAUUCCCGAACAUGAUGACUCGGUAAAGGACUGGAUCAAUCCUCUCAAGUUUCGAUUCACUGUACAAAUUAAAAAUGAACGAAAGCCGCUUCACCCCAAGGAAGGUCAUCCCAUAGUCGAUUUGAGACAGUAUCCUAUAUUGAAUAAAUACGGUGCUAGUUACGAGUUUCAGGUUCCCUUCAAUACAAGAUGUGGGGAAGACCAAGUGUGUCAGACGGAUCUCAGACUUAAAGCUGUGUUUGUGGAUAUCCCAAAGACCGAUAAAGGUUACAUUUUGAACGUUGGCGAGAAAGAUUUUCUUGAUAUUACUUUUACUGUCGGAAACCAUAAGGAAAAAGCUUAUCAAGCCUCCCUCUAUCUCACCUACGAUCCAGAAGAACUUGAACUUCCCAUGGUUGUCGGAAAAACCAAACUCGGAUGGGAAACUGUCGGCAAAAACGUGGUUCUCAUUCAUCUAGGUAAUCCGAUGAAUUCUAAUACAAAGCACACCUUCGAUCUACGGUUUAAGUUAGUGAGAGGUCGAACUGAAGGCAUUGGUCGACCGCUUCAGUUCGCUGCAAUAGUUAAUUCAACUUCUUCGGAAGUCAAUGAACUGGAUAACGUAUGGAAUGCCGAAUUACAAAUAAUCAAGAAGGCAGAGCUGGAGUUGAUUGGAACUAGCGAUCCGCCGCUCAUUCGAUUUGGUGGUGAAGUCAAAGAUGAAUCUCAAAUGGAUCUGGAGGAAGACAUUGGUGUCAUGGUACGUCAUAACUACACACUUCAUAACAAAGGCCCGUGGACUGUUCGUAAUGUUGUUGCCAAGUUUGAUUGGCCAAAUCAAAUCCAAUCACAACAUGGAAAGCGAAAGUGGGCACUCUACCUCCUCGAUGUUCCUACUGUUACUAUGCACAACACGGAUGGGACUGUGGAAAUUCGAAGAUGUUUUGUUGAACGGAAACUUGAGCAUGUCAAUCCGCUGGACCAUAUAAAGCUGAACACGAAGUACACUACACAAGAAACACUGUCAGCAAGGCACACACAUAAUCGACGUGUUAAGAGAGAUGCACAUCCUUUGAAAUUUGGAGAAGCGGGAUUCUUAAAAUCUCGAGUCCAACCUCAUAAGCGCAAGGAAAACGGUGUUGAUGUCUCUGUUGUCACAAUUGGUUGUGCGGAAAGUACUGCGAAAUGUUUCUCGGUGACCUGCCACUUUGAUUUCCUUGAUGCCAAUUCAGCUCCUGUUAUUGACUUUCGAGCACGUUUAUGGAAUUCCACUUUCAUUGAGGAUUAUUCGGACGUUGAGUACGUUGAAAUUGCAUCCUUCGGAAGAAUAGAGCUUGAUACAAGCCAAGGGAUUGAAGAUGAUCCUGGUAAUAACGCAGUGAGUGCUAGAACUAUCGCUUAUCCGGACAGGCCAGCACUUGGAUCUCGUCCUAUCCCCUGGUGGGUAAUUCUAGUCAGUAUUUUCAUCGGUUUGCUGAUCUUCCUUAUCAUGGUGCUGGUACUGUGGCGCUGCGGUUUCUUUAAACGAAAGAAGUACGGCGAACCAAGUCUUUAUCGCGCCGAAUUGCAGCAUGAAAGAGAAUUGUGGAACCAAACUCAAAUGUAG